GGCGCAGCGCAGGACCGCCGGAACUACAAAGCCCGCCGGGCAAUACAGGGCUAAGUAGCCUGUGCUUAAGUGUGUUCAUGGAGUAGAGUGUAAUGUGGAACUUUGCUGUAGUUUGGGAGCCAGGGUCUGCAGCAUUGGGCUGAUGCAAUAGCGGCAUCCGUGGUUACCGUGGCAGCACCGCAGCGCUGCGAGAUUAGCUGUCUCUACUGUGACCAAGUUUGCGGGGUCUGGACAUGGGGGGAUCGAGCGUGUUGGCGUGACUGUGCCGGUUCCUUGCAUUACAUCUGACCGCGUCCCUCGCUCGCCCUUGUUACAGGCCGCACCGAUCCGCGGUACCGGAGUUCUCAACAGUGUGUGAGGAGCUAUCCGAAGGACUAUGCACCGGUUCGUGUUGGCUGCCAAGCAAGCCGCAGCAAGCCUAGGCUGCCGAGGCCCGGGGGACGGCGGGAAGAAUGUGCUUCUGCGAUGCGCCGGUUCUCUGGCGGCGGGUUGGCCCUCACGGGGUCCUCGGCUCCCGCGGCCAGCACGGGACUGGUCGGUGCGCUGGAGCACCGCUGCUAAGGCCUCCGUGGUGAAGAUCAGCGAGAAGGCGAGCAGGGAGAAGAUCCUGACGCUGGAGUCCAUGAACCCGCUGGUGAAGGCGUUGGAGUAUGCGGUGAGAGGGCCUAUCGUCCUUAAAGCCGGCGAGAUCGAGAAGGAGCUGAGGAAGGGAAUCAAAAAACCUUUUACUGAAGUAAUUAAAGCCAACAUUGGAGAUGCGCAUGCAAUGGGACAGAGGCCAAUCACCUUCCUCCGUCAGGUAGUGGCACUGUGUACAUACCCAAACCUGUUGGACAGCCCAAAUUUUCCAGAAGAUGCCAAAAAGCGAGCCAGACGGAUCUUGCAGGGUUGCGGAGGAAACAGCUUAGGAUCUUACACUGCCAGUCCAGGUAUAAAUUGUAUCCGUGAAGAUGUAGCUUCAUAUAUUGAAAGAAGAGAUGGAGGGGUUCCUGCAGAUCCAGAUAACAUAUAUCUUACCACUGGUGCAAGUGAUGGUAUUACUACCAUUUUAAAGAUCCUGGUCUCAGGAGGUGGAAAAUCCCGAACAGGAGUGAUGAUCCCUAUACCACAGUAUCCCUUAUAUUCAGCAGCCAUAUCUGACCUAGAUGCUAUCCAGGUGAACUACUAUUUGGAUGAAGAAAAUUGCUGGGCUCUAGAUGUGAAUGAACUUCGCCGUUCCUUGAAGGAAGCUAAGGCAUACUGCAAUCCAAAAGUCCUCUGCAUCAUCAACCCUGGAAAUCCCACAGGACAGGUGCAAAGCAGAAAGUGCACUGAAAAUGUGAUACACUUUGCUUGGGAGGAGAAACUUUUUCUUCUGGCUGAUGAGGUUUACCAGGACAAUGUGUACUCUGAAGGAUGCCAGUUUCAUUCUUUCAAAAAGAUUCUGUAUGAGAUGGGACCCAAGUACUAUAACAAUGUUGAGCUGGCCUCUUUUCACUCCACCUCUAAGGGAUACAUGGGCGAAUGUGGCUACAGAGGAGGUUAUAUGGAGGUCCUUAACUUGCACCCAGAAAUUAAAGGACAGCUUGUUAAGUUGCUUUCUGUUCGCCUUUGUCCUCCAGUCUCAGGACAAGCAGCAAUGGAUGUUGUAGUGAAUCCUCCAAUACCUGGAGAAGAAUCAUAUUCACAGUUCAUAAAGGAGAAGGAGUCUGUUUUGAACAGUCUUGCCAAAAAAGCCAAACUAACAGAAGACAUGUUUAACAAGAUACCAGGAAUGCACUGCAAUCCACUUCAAGGAGCUAUGUAUGCUUUCCCACAGAUCUUUAUUCCUUCCAAAGCCAUUGAGGAAGCAAAGGUUCAUAAAAUGGCACCUGAUAUGUUCUAUUGCAUGAAACUUCUGGAAGAGACUGGAAUAUGUGUUGUACCUGGAAGUGGAUUUGGCCAAAAAGGAGGAAGCUACCAUUUCAGAAUGACCAUUCUUCCUCCAGCAGAGAAGCUGAAGGUCCUACUGGAGAAAAUGAAAGACUUCCACAUAAAGUUUCUUGAAAAAUAUGCAUGAAACUACUGUGGCUUUUUCUCCUCAUCCCCUCCACUUCAAGGUGAAUGCAGAAAAUGAACAAAAAUAUGCUGAGAAUGUGCUUUUCAUCUAAUUUAACUAAAUUCAAAAUAGGUAGAACCAAUUUCCAAUACUGCUACAACUUAUUGGACUAUUAAAUUUAAUGUCUGGUAUAGAA